GGAAGGAGCGCAGUGUGUUGCAGUCAGGCUGAUUUAAGCGGAGUGCAUUCCUGCACAGCGCUCACACACCGGAGGACGAGCCGCGGUGAAACACACACCGCAACGCCGCGCAGGGGCCGGGAGCUCACCUAAAAAAAAAAAGAAAUUGGAGGUGGAGGAAGUGUUGCCUGAGCAUAGCGGUUACAUGUACAGCUGCCUCGGCUGAGGGGUAACGUUGGGUGGUGUGAGUGUGUUUACUGCUGCCAUGUCGGAGUUUCUGGUGAGUCUACUCGGGGAGCGGCUCGUCAACAGCGAGAAAGCCGAGGUGGACGUGCAGUCGCUGGGCGCUAAGCUAUCACUAGUCGGGCUCUUCUUCGGAUGUAGCCUGAACGCACCAUGUAAGCAGUUCAACGGGAGCCUGUGCGAGUUUUACAGCAGGUUCAAAAAGACGUCUGAACACAAGGACAAAUUGGAAAUCGUCUUCAUCUCGUCUGAUCAGGACCAGAAACACUGGCAAGACUUUUUGCAGGAGAUGCCAUGGCCUGCGUUACCUUUCAAAGACAGACACAAAAAGAUGAAGCUGUGGAACAAGUACAAGGUAACCAGCAUCCCAUCUCUGGUGUUUGUGGACGCAGUCACGGGGAAGGUGGUCUGUCGAAAUGGUCUACUGGUGGUCAGAGAUGACCCUAAAGGCCUGGAGUUCCCCUGGGGACCGAAGCCAUUUGCGGAGGUGGUGGCAGGGCCUCUGCUCAGGAACAACAGGCAGACAACAGACAGCAGCUCUCUGGAGGGACACUAUGUGGGAGUGUACUUCUCAGCACACUGGUGCCCACCGUGCCGCAGUUUGACCCGAGUGUUGGUGGAAUCGUAUCGAACCGUCAAAGAGUCGGGUCAGAAGUUUGAGAUUGUGUUCGUCAGCGCUGACAGGUCGGAGGCAUCCUUUAAGCAGUACUUCAGCGAGAUGCCGUGGUUGGCGGUGCCGUAUCCAGAUGAGGCUCGGCGAUCACGACUCAACAGGCUCUAUGGGAUACAAGGUAUCCCCACCCUGAUCCUGCUGGACACAGAAGGUCACAUGAUCACGCGACAGGGCCGGGUGGAGGUGCUGAACGACCCCGAGUGCCGGCUCUUCCCCUGGCACCCUCGCCCAGUGCUGGAGCUCAGUGAGGCCAACGCCGUGCAGCUCCACGAGGGGCCCAGCCUCGUCCUGUUUGUGGACGCUGAGGAGGAAGGUGAAUUGGAGCCAGCCAAGGAGCUCAUUCAGCCAAUAGCAGAGAAGCUCAUGGCCAAGUACAAAGCCAAGGAGGAGGAGACGCCGCUGCUGUUCUUUGUGGCUGGAGAGGACGACAUGACCGACUCUCUGCGGGAUUACACGAACCUCCCAGAAGCAGCGCCUCUGCUCACUAUCCUGGACAUGUCGGCCCGUGCCAAGUACGUCCGCGACGUCGAGGAGAUCACGCCGGCUGUAGUGGAUCAAUUUGUGAGCGACUUCCUGGCUGAAAAGCUCAAACCGGAGCCCAUCUAAAGAGGGAGGUCUGGAUAGAAAUUGGACAUACUAUAUGGGACUCACUCCAUCAUCGAACCCUGACCUGUUGCUACACCUUUACACCUUCCCACUACUAUCUCUCCCACCUCCCCUCCUGACUUUGUCAGACUGUUAGAGAGAUGUCUCACUUUUUACUGACAUUUUAACAUUUUUUUUAGACAUGUUCCUCUUUUCAUGGAGUCCUCUUUCUCCUGUGGUGCCUUGCAUUGAUGAUAGUCCCUACAGUAAUAUAUAUGGAGAUUCUGUUGGUUCUUUUGUUUGUUUUGGCCUCAAUAAAUUUAAUUUUUUUUUUUUUUUUUCACUUGAUAGCUUUUCUGAAUUCUAGAGAAAACCAGAGAAUUACACGAUGGACCUACUUACUCAGCCGAUUCUUUGCUUUUGUGUUCUUGUCUGCAAGAUCCUUGUUACUUUUUCUUUUUGGUUUCUGAAUGAUGUUGAGAAAGAAAUAAAAAUGCAUUUUUACAGUUGUAAUUCACAUGUAGUGCAAAGGAAAUGUGCUAAACUUCAGUUGGAUGUAGCCGUAAGCCUUUAUGGCCCUAUUUAAAGACAAAAAGAUUAAAAAAACAGAUGCACAGACAGUAAAGAUCACAUUAUACUUGCUUGUAACAGACCAAUGACUGAUGUUUUCAACCUCCUGUGUCUUGUUGUGUAUGUUAUGAUGUGAGUGAACGUCAUCUCUUGCCAGUUUGUUAACGGUGGUUCUCAUCUCAAAUCGUCAUUAUGAGGAUUUUCUGUGAAGGUCCCUUAAUGGAGAAGAAAAAAAAAAAAAAAAAGGUCAGGUUAUUUCUGAAGGCACAAAAUGGCGUUGGGAAAGUGUUGAAUGUAUAAAAUCCCUGUAUUCUGUUACUUCAGUCAUGACUUCUCGCACCCAUUAAAAAUUCACUGG